AUGAUUCUUGCAUUCUCCAGGAAGAUCAAACCACAACAGUUUUCCGAGAUUGGCGAAAAGCUGGGUCUCAAGAAGACAGAGCUUGAACACAUACAACACCGGACACUGUCUAACAGGAAAGACGCUAACAUCCAAAUGCUUUCCAAAUGGAAAGCAUCUCAAACAUCAGGGAAUGAAGCGAUUCAGACUUUAAAACUUGUUUGGAAGUCUGUCCAAGCAGUACCGAAUGUGGAGAACCUAGAAGACGAAGGUAGUUCUCGUGAACUAGAACCAACUCCUGUGGAAAAGACAAAACCAAAUGAACCUUGUGAGCCUGAAGAUAUGGAGAUCAUUGUAACUACAGCUUGUGAUGAUGUUCCCAGUGUAUCUCCGGGAAAGCAUUCGGAGUCUCCUCAGGACCUUGAUCGACAUGGUGGAGUACCAGGCACAGAAGAGCUUUGCAGCGUCGCCCUUUCAGUGAAAAGCCUUUCAACUGCAUGUUCACUCGGGAAAGCCCUCCGUGUAAAUGAUGACGUCAUUGUUGGAUCCAUCGAUCUACCUAGUUUGUCAAUACUCCAUAAGAUCGCAGGAGAGCUCGUAGACAGUUGGCAGAAUGGUUUGAAAAAGGAAGAGCAAGAAGAUAAGUUCGCUAAGCUUCUCUCAGAGUACAAUAUCCCAGAUGUCAAAGCAGGCCGUGAAAAAAUAUCAAAAGCCAUUGUAACCAAGACAGACCUAGUGGACUUGUGUCAUCGCCUGAACGUUAAACCUUCUGGCGUUUUGCAGAUCAUGAGCAAAUUUGUGACCUUCCCGUCUCACAUGAUUGGCCGUAGUACUCUAAGGGUGCUUACAGAAUGGGUACACCAAGGUGGGACUAGAGAGAGGCUUCUGGAAAUUGCUCAGGCUUUCCGUUUUAACGAUGCAGCAGUAAAGAUAGCAGAAGACAUGAAAUGCCAACCAAGCUAUAUACCUUUCCUCUCGCAUGGCAUCAUUGAUCACAAGGGUGGAGAACUGACCCUUGAUGAACUUGGUACUGCCGUUUCUAUCCCUGAAGGAGCUAUACCUAAAGGGAUGAGAUCAGUUGUUACUCUUCGCGUGUCAACUCCUGACACUCUAAGGCUUCCUGUACGGGAGGGUGAGGUAGUCAUUACACCAGUCGUAGAAAGUUCUCUGACACAAGAACUGUUAAAGCCUGCCACAGUGGUAUUACCACACUGCACCAAUCACCAUGAACGUAAAGACGACUAUUCUGUUAUCUUGUACACAAGAACUGGACCAGGAACUUUCGGUCGUAGGAACUUGACUCCAUCACAAAUCUCAAAAGAUAAGAUAACGUUUUGCACACGUCAUCUUCAAGUCUUGGCUCUGUCAUCGACUGAUCUUCAAGAACUCCAGCUGAGAUGUGUAGUCUUCCAGCCUGUAUUCAUGACUCCUGCAGAGAGACCAACUCUACGUGUGUACUUACUUCAUCCCUAUAUGAACCGUAUAGAGGAUAUAACACGAACAGAGAAGAGUUCUUCUGUUCCCUACUGCCGGGUCAUGAAGGAAUUCACGUUCUCUAUAGAGUCAGAAGCAAGGGACCUAAACAUUGUGUUCGACGACGGGACGAAAAGAAAGGAGAGAACGAUACCCAUCAAGAGUAUACUCAGUGGAAAGUGCAGCCCUUUGAACUUCGAGCUUCAGUUCUCUCCUGAAGAGAAAGGAAAGAAGAACGGUCAUAUCGACAUACUACAAGGGUCAGCAAAACGUGCAGAAAAAGAGUUCAUUGUUUACAAAGAAGAUGAACCGGAUUAUGCAGUCGAACACACAGAUUCGCAAGGGCGAUUGCAGUAUGUAUCCAACAUUCUUCUCGAGAUCCUGGCCGAUGUGAUCCAUACACCAAAGGAUGUCAUAACCUUUGGUUACCAGCUUGGCCUCUCUUAUUCCUCUAUGAAGAAACACAACGACCAAACAGACGUGUACCUCGAUAGUGUCUCAAGGUCAGGCUUUGGUAAGAUGCUACGUGACUGGAGACGACAGGUUCGACCUAGUGAGCAGGUAGAUGAACUUCAUUUGGCAUUGCAAGAUGCUGGGUUAGGCCAUGCAGCUGAGGUCAUCUUACAUGAACUGAGUAGCAGGAGGCGCUUUGCAAAAGUCAAACAAGUAUGGGAGUCAAAGAAGUAGGCAGACCUGUCAUUUAAAUGUCCCACGACCAAGAAGGGAUUCAAUUGGUUUGUGCAUUCAGCCUACGUCUAAACCUGUACUCCAAGUUUGCAUGAUUUUCAGUCUGAAUCUCGAAGUUGCUAUUUCUUCCCUUCCAUAUGCUGGGAGUCAUGUAGUUAAGCUACAUUUGAUGAUGAUUUCUUGUUAAAUCUAUUUCAUUUUUAAGAAGGCGGUUGAGGUAUGAAGUAUUACGAUCGGUAAACAUGUAUAUGAUUUUUUCAUGUGUGUGUGUGGGAGGGGGUAUAUAAAUAUCUUCCUGUUUAGAAUACGUCCUUCGUAGGCCUUGUUCCUUUUUCCUUCCAUCUUUCCCUCAAUGAUAUUCAACAAAAUUCAUCAUGCCAAAUUCAUUUUGUCUGUUUCUCGUGUUAUUGCACACUUCCGCUCCUUCCACGCUUUUUGUAGAACAUUAUCAUUUAUCGCUUGAUCUAUCCACCCAACCUAUCUUUGCCAUCUUCCUCCACAUUGAAAUGUCAAAACUCUCAACGGUUUAAUGUCUUCCUUUUUCAGAGUCCAUGCCUCUGAUCCAUUAGGCAUCACACUCCCAAAUUAUUUACAUGUGACAAUAAUACCAUUACAUAUUUUCGUUAUCGUAAGGUUGUGUGAAUACCGUUUCUGGUCUGUUGGUGCAAUAAUUGAAUUGACUUCAGUUUUAUUUAAUUUAUUAACCAUUAAUAUACAUGUAAAAGCAAAACAUACAAUAGAAAAUAGAAUACAUACAAAAUACAAAGCAAGCAUUAUGAUCAGGACCACAAAGAAGUAAAUUGGGCCCCCACAAAAACAAAUUCAAUUAAAUAUAAUUCAGUCACCAUACCCACACUUGUACACACAUAUUCACACAUAGCU